AUAGAGGAAUGUAGAAGUGAAGAUAAAGAGGCGAAUAGGAGCGAAAAGCAAUUGGGCAUAUAGAAAAAAUGAAGCUAUUCCAAUUGCCUCAGCAAUUGUGGCUGCAACAACCAUACGCCGGCAAGUCUGGCCAUUCUCAGCUUCCUCCUCCUACUCAUCUUCCUUAUUCAAUUCCCUCUCUCAGGCUCAAAAUUCGCACCUUCACACUCCUAGCACUUUCCGACCCUGGUGCUUCCGAUUCCACAACCCAGGCCACUCAAUUUGAUCUUUCGUUAACCGUGAAGAGGAAAGCAGCAGAAAUAUCUCCAGACAUGAAAGGAACUUGUAUCUUCCUUGUUGGCUUAAACAGCUCCAUCAAAUCUAACUUGGGAAAACUUCUUGCAGAUGCACUGCGCUAUUAUUAUUUUGACAGUGACAGUGUCGUUGAAGAAGCUUUGGGAGGAAAGGAUGCUGUCAGGUCAUUUGUGAAGACAGACUUGAAGGGCUUUCGAGACUCAGAAACGGAGGUACUGAAGCAGUUAUCGUCCAUGGGUCGCCUUGUUAUUGGUGCUGGGAAUGGUGCGGUUCAGCGUGCAGCUAAUCUGGCGCUUAUGAGACACGGCAUAUCAAUAUGGAUUGACGUCCCCUUGGAUAUGGUAGCCAAGGAAAUUGUGGAGGAGAGUUUUCAACCUCCUGCUUCUGAAACAAUAAAAGGAGCAUAUCCCGAGGUGUUGACUCAAUUAACUGCUAUUUAUGAAGAAAGCCGUAAGGGAUAUGCUACAGCUGAUACAACUAUCGCACUCCAGAAGGUUGCUUCUCGGUUAGGCUAUGAUACACUAGAUGCAGUAACCACAGAGGAUAUGGUUUUGGAGACUCUGAAGGAGAUAGAGAGAUUGAUGAGAGUAAAGAAGUUGAUGGAAGAAGCUGCCAGGCCAUUUUAGUUUCGGUCACAACCAAUGCCGACUAUCUUGAAUCAACAUUUAUUGUUUGGAGCCUUAAGUGCUGUGCUGAAGUUGGAGAAAGAUGGCAACACUUGAAGCUCUUGCAGUUGAAUGACUUGUAGUAUUGUGAGAGUAAUUCUUAAGCGGCAUGUAUAUUGCGAGUAUUGUAAAUGUUGUACUUUUGUGCACAUUUGUAUCUUAUGUGGUCGGAUGAAACUCUCUUCUAAGUGCCAAUCUGCAAAAUAAGUUUCAACUUCCUAAUACUUAAAAGUUAAACAUCUACCAACCGAGUAACUCCCACCUCUAAAUUUUUGCUUCCAUUUAUAUGCAGUUAGCGUUAGAGCCUUGUUCUAUAUAGUGACCAUACAGCUAUUCUUUUGUUGUUUCA